AUGGGCGCUGUUGAUCGGGUCCAGACGAAAUUUGGUCACAAGCCAGUGACGGACAUUACCGACGGCCGUUGGCUCGAUGUUAAAGUCAAGCUCCAUGUGCUCAGCAUGCUUCACUUGUCGGAUAAUGAUUCGACCUCAUUCGACGUGGCCUUCUCCUUCGCGGUUGUCGCAGUAAUCGGCGCCGUCUGUGGCUCCUGCUCUAUCCUCGACCUGCCGACAGAUGUUUUCACCAUGAUCUUCGAGCAUGCCGCCGAAGCACCGAAACUGAACGCGCACGUGAUGCGACUGAAGCAUCGACUUCACCUGUGGAUGGAUCACCUUGAUGAAGCACACUGCGGCGACGUUGCGUCCGAUAUACGAAUCCGCCAGCAACCUCAUGGUGGGCACUUACCAGCCCCUCAUACGCAUGAACCGUAUUCGGACUCCGACCCAAAUGGCAUCACGAGCUUUCGCUGGUCUAGUCGACUUUGCCGCCAAUACCAGAUUCUUAGUCUGCGAGAAUCCAAGUAUCUGAAGCGUCUGGACAAGACUCCUGGACGGGGCAACGUCGUCCUGCGACGUCUGAUCACGAACGAUGGAAAGGCGGAUGAGGAUUAA